AUGUCGACGCCGCACCCCGACGCUGGUCACCUCCCUGAGGCCACCGGUCUCGCACUGAAGACUGUCCAGGCUCACGUAGAGCCUCAAGAGGUCACUCUAUACGCCGCUUGGUGGUGCCCAUACGCGCAGCGCGUAUGGAUCACGCUCGAAGAGCGCGGGAUCCCGUACCAAUACAAGGAGGUGAACCCCUACGAGCGCGAGCCGCACUUCAUGGCGAUCAACCCCCGCGGCCUCGUCCCCGCGGCCGAGUACAAGGGCCAAGCCCUCACCGAGUCCCUCGCGAUCGUCGAGUUCCUCGAGGACGCCUACCCGUCGCACGCGCCGCACGUCCUCCCCGCGGACCCCGUCGCGCGCGCCCGGGCGCGCGUCUGGACCGACAUCGCGAACAAGACCGUCGUCCCGGCCUGGUUCCGGCUCGUGAUGGCCACCGGCGACGACGCCGCGGCGCAGGCGGCGCGCCGCGAGGAGCUCUACGCGGGCGUGAGGGCGCUCAUGGCGGAGGCCGCGGUCGACGGGCCGUACUUUCUCGGCGAGCAGUUCUCGACGGUCGACGUGGCGCUCGCGCCGUUUGUGGCACGAGACUUUGUGCUGGCGGCCCAUCGGGGGUAUGAGCGCGCGGAGGCGGGGGAAAGGUGGGUGAGGUAUGCGAGGGCGUUGGAGGAGCGGAAGAGCGUGCGGGAGACGUUCAGUGACAAGGACAGGGUGAUGAAGAGCUAUGCGCGGUACUUGAGCAACGAGGCCCAAAGCGAGGCAGCGAAGGCGUUCCGGGUCGGAAAGGCGUUUUGA